UUAUGUUUACAGAGUUCCUGAGCUCAAGAAUAGCGGCAGCAGCAGCAGCAGCAGCAGCUUUUCACUGAGGAUAUCCAGCGAUUUUUUGGACAACAGACCCGUUUAUUCUUUAAUAUUUACUGUUUUAUUAACUGUAUUGUGUUUUAAUUAUUAUAUUAUUGUUAUAUUACUUGUAUUUUCUGUUAUUAAUCACAUAUAUUUUGUUUUUCAGGUGUCGAAACCGGUGUGGGUAUACUGACACCCCGCGGUCAGACAUGGAGUUUUGGCGGAGUGAAGACCAUCUCCUGGAGGGGGCUUCUGGUGGGUCAGGAGACCAGUUCAUUCUCCUGCCUUUUUGCGGCACUGAGGAGCUGAGGGACUCCUGUUUGCAGUGGCAGGGUGAGGGUCCAGACCCCUGGAUGGAGCUCAGGAGGGUUCAGCACGAGUUCCUCGAGGGGAAGUUGAGGGCCCUCAUUGAGACGGUGGAGUCUCACUGCGCCUGCGACCCCCCCAUUCUCCUGCCUUUUUGCGGCACUGAGGAGCUGAGGGACGCCUGUCUGCAGUGGCAGGGUGAGGGUCCAGACCCCUGGAAGGAGCUCAGGAGGGUUCAGCACGAGUUCCUCGAGGGGAAGCUGAGGGCCCUCAUCGAGAAGCUUUCCUCGCCCAGGCGGCAUGGUGGGAGAGUCCUGGUGCCGGUAAGGGAGGCAGCCCCCGCCCACAGGCUGGACUCUACUAAGCCUGAUGUCCCAGGUCCAGUUGCACAGGCUGUGUGUGACUCGGACCUCGUGGAAGACAAUGUCAGAGAGAAGAGUUUGGAGCCACCUCCUAAAAUACAGUGCCAAGAAGCUCCAGCUCCAGACCUCACCACCACCUCUCAUCCACAGCCAUCCAGCCAGGGAGACACUGCACCAUCACUUACCACUAACACACAGAGCAGAUCCCUCAAACGCCUUGCCACUAACUUAAAGACCUCCAUUGUGUGUCGUUCCAGGUCUUCUCGCCGCGUCCUGGUGCAGGUUCGAGAGGCGGAACCAACUCACAGGCUGGACCUUCAGGACACAAAGCCAGUGCCAGCUGCACAGCUUUAG